AUUUUUGGCCGGUACUGUAGAUACUUACAGAAGAUCGAAGCUCGUGAGAGUGUCGUGUCUACGCAGGGUCAACCCGAUUGGUCCGACAAAUUCGUCCUUUUUCGACGCAGAUCGAUAUUCAUUACUGAAUCUGAGUUUUACCAGACGAGUUGACUCGCCGGUGCCGCGUGGAUUUACUUGUUCGGUAAUAAAAGAUGAGACGAAGGUACAUUUAAGACAAAUUCGACGCAUUAUGUUAGCGGAAAGCAGAGAAGUAUCGCCGGAACGUGUAAGAGCAAUAAAAGGCGAGAGAUCACCUUCCGUUUCCCGAGCCACAUUUCUGUCUACCAUUGAAGAAAAGACCGAAAUCAAAAGAGAAAAUGAACGGAAAGACGAACAAGGGGCAGCAAAAAAUUAAUGAAAUUUACGAGGCGUGAUAUCCUUGGUGACGCUUAUACUCUCCUUAGAAUCUUCACGUAUUUUCGAUCCUUUGCAGAUAUGCCGCGUAUUGUAUGUGCUCUUUCAUUACUUCCUAUUAACAAACUAUGCCUGGAUGUUCUGCGAGGGCUUCUAUCUGCGCACCCUGCUGGUAAACGCAUUCACCAACGAGCACAAAUUAGUGAAUUGGCUGAUGGGACUUGGAUGGUCGAUGCCGACUGUAAUCGUCACAUUGUACACGGCACUACGCGCCUCCAGCAACGAUCCUGCGGACACCGAGCAGGCCUGUGUGUGGCGGUACCUAUCGGCUUUUGCAACGGGGAGUGUUGCCAGAUAAUGGCGCAGUUCAAGAAGAAGUGGGAGAACAACGUGCUGUUGCGGAAAUGAAUUAAUUCCUGCACGACCACGACUGUCUCGUUUAUCCGCUCGACCGCAGUUCCGAUGGCGAGAGAGGAGAAGGUGUGACUAUCAACCAGCCGCACCGUCGGUGCCGCAGGAAGACUGCAAGCUGACUGACCCGAUGUUGGCUCAGCAUCAGGAACAAUACCAAGCCGUGCAGAUGAUCGCCAAUGAUCAGUCGGACCA